AGAGCCAACGUGUCAGCGGCGCCCAAGCGGCCCCAGGGCGCUCUCGUCGCCCCGCUCUCCUCGCCACGCUGCCAAUGGGCUCAGGAUCCGCCCCUGACGACGUGGGCCCCGCCCCUGGAGACACACGCCGCGCAGUCGUCACCCGCCCGGGAGCAGGAGGCCGGGGGCGCCUGCCGGCCGGGCCUGGGCGGUCGCCAUGAAGCUGACGCGGAAGAUGGUCCUGACUCGGGCCAAGGCCUCGGAGCUGCACAGCGUGCGCAAGCUCAACUGCUGGGGCAGCCGCCUUACAGAUAUUUCCAUUUGCCGGGAGAUGCCCAGCCUGGAAGUGAUCACGCUCAGUGUCAACAGCAUCUCCACCCUGGAGCCUGUGAGCCGGUGCCAGCGCCUGAGCGAGCUGUACCUGCGGAGGAACCGUAUCCCCAGCCUGGCUGAGCUCUUCUACCUGAAGGGGCUGCCGCGUCUAAGGGUGCUGUGGCUGGCCGAGAACCCGUGCUGCGGCGCCAGUCCCCACCGCUACCGCAUGACCGUGCUGCGCACCCUGCCGCGCCUACAGAAGCUGGACAACCAGGCUGUGACGGAGGAGGAGCUGUCCCGUGCACUGAGUGAGGGAGAGGAGAUCACCGCCGCCCCGGAGAGAGAGGGCACAGGCCACGGCGGCCCCAAGCCAUGCUUCACACUGAGCUCCCUCAGCUCCGCUGCUGAGACCGGCCAGGACGCGCUGGACAGCGAGGAGGAGGCGAUCAGAGCCCAGGGUGAACUUGGCCUGAAGCCCCCUUCCCGGGACCAGUUUCCUUCCUUCUCACCCAGAGAUGCUUCGAGCAGCCACAGGAGCAGGAACGUCCUGACUGCCAUCCUGCUGCUGCUGCGGGAGCUGGACGCAGAGGGGCUGGAGGCCGUGCAGGUGACUGUGGGCAGCCGGCUGCAGGCCCUGCGUCGGGAGGAGGUGCAGGAGCAUGCCGAGUGACCACAGGACCUGAGCGCCGCUCCACCGUCCACGGAGACCCCAGUGUCUUCCCCAGCCCCCAGGAGCUGAAGGGUGGCUGCCACAGCCCUGGCCCCACACACAAGCCUCCCCCGUUUGCCACAUCGGCCAAGGGCAGGAGUGGGUGUUAAGUGCUGGCUAGCUGGAGCGGUGGAGAUGCCUGUCCACACCAGAAUGUCCCCAGGACUCCCCUACUGUGGUCUGGAGGUUCUGGGCUGGCCUGGGCUCUUAAAGGGAGGAUUUUGCAGGUUGUCCUCCCUAAUAAAAGAUCUUCCCAAGGUUGAUGUGGUGACAUUUCCCAGUGGUCGUGACAGUCUUUCUGAAAGCAAGGGCCGUUUCUCGGCAGAAUGAGGAGGUAUUCACGAAUGGCUUUGCUGAUUCCAGCCCUUGGUCCUUGGAUAGAUUUCUGUUGAGCAAGGGAGACUUCCAGAAUGCUGGCGUCCGUAGGGACAUCUGCCCUGAGCUGCUCUAAGCAGGAAGGCAGCAGCCUCCCACAUCCACGGGAGAGGGUUUUGUUUUCUUGGCCAGGCUGGGCAGGUGCACCUUCCUUUCUCUCUCCUGUGAAGAACUGCAGGGGGGCCCUCAGCUGUGAGGCUGUGGAUGAACAGGCCUGUGUGCCCUGGGGGCUGGGCCUGGCACAGGAAGCAGCUGGACUAGGGGAGUCCUUGGAGCAUCUGAGAGGGGUUUUCUUUCCUCUGGGAAGUUCCAAGUCUUAUGAGGAUGCCACGAUCUGGGCAGUGACCCGCGGCCCUGGGGACCUUCCUAGUACCCCCAAAACCAAGGAGGCAUUCACGUGAGAUGGGGAGUCAGCCUUCCAGCUGGUGUGUAGGAAAGCCAGCUCCCUGGGCCCUGGUCCUGUGUGGGGUUGGGACCCAGAUCUCCGUGAGAUGUCCCCAUCCUCCGCCAAGCGGUGAUGCGUGACCACGUGUGCAGGCCACCGCUCUCCCAAGCUCAAGGCCAUGCAGUGUGAUCGUCACCAGAGCCAGCUGCAGCAUUGGGGCAGUCACUGUUGCUGGACUUGGGGAAGCCCAGGGUGAAGACAGUCACUCAUCUGUGCAAACUCUCCACAAGGGGUGCGAUCCCUGCAGAAGGGGUGUGAUCUCUGAGCAGUGGGGAGUGGAGUCACCACUUGGGACAUGGAGGGUGGACAGUUCAGGCCUGUGUCUGCCUCCCUGGGACUGUGGGGUGGGCACCCGGUGCCCUCAGUAAAGUGCUUCCUUGGAAUG